AUGGAAACAGAUAUAUAUAGGCAUCCUAUCCCUGAGCCGAGCGACAACGAGGUCUACCUCCUCAGAGUCCCCAAGUUCUUCGGCAUCGAGCCCACAGCAUGGCACCACAAGACCUUCCAACCUCCUACUACAGACCACCACUCCAAAGGCCCGGCCUCCCAGACCUUCUCCGCCUACAACACAGCUCUCACCACCCUCCGCUGGCGACGAUCACCCUCCAAGCCCUCCGAGCUCCAGUCCAACGCGCGAAUCCUCCGCUGGUCUGACGGCUCAUUGACCCUACAAUUCGCCUCUGAUCCGGUCAACCAGUACGACAUCGACGGCAACGCGCUCGCUCCUCCCCAAUACAACCCCAAGAAGCCCACUCCCACCAGCCAGCGCACAAAACCCGGCCGUCCCGUCCCUCACUACGACGCCGCACACGAUGCCUUUACCUACCUCGCCGCCGCCAACAACGAAGUCCUCCUCGUCACCAACAAGUUCACUGCGAGCCUCGGUGUCAAUCCUGUCGCCGAUACCAACGACGAGGCUGUCGAGCAGCUCCAGAACGCCCUAGCCGAGGCCGCAAAGAAGAGGAACCCCCACACAGAGACCGGUGGCCUCAACGUCAUGGACAUCGACAUCGAUCCGGAGGCUGAGAUCCUGAAAGCACAAGCAGCAGCUAAAGAAAAGGCGAAGCAGGCACGAUCGCGCGAGAAGGCGCAAGAGCGGGAGCGAGACCGUGCGAACCGCACGCUGGGUGCGCGAGGCUUGCGCGCGGCUGGUGGAUUGAGUGCUGGAGAUCUCGAGGGUGGUAGUCGUGGACAAGGCGGAGCGAAGAAGCCAAGGGCCAAGACCGGUCUUCGGAGGGAUUGGAGCGAUGAUGAGGACUAUGGAGGACGGAGGCACAACCGCGAAGACGAGUACGAUGAAGAGGAUGACUUCAUCGCUGCCAGCGACGAAGAUGACAUGGGCGAGGCGUCUGAGGAGGAAGAAGAAGAGCUUGAGGAGCCGGAAGAGAGACCAAGGAGAAAGGAGGCAGAGAGCCCAAAGCGGAACAGAGCUGCUGCCAACGACGAUGGAGAUGAGGAGGAGGUUGUGGCUAAUGUCGCUCGCACGAAGCGCAGGAGGGUGAUUGACGACGACGAUGAUGAUGAGUAG